CCUUUGUGUAUUCUGCAGUCCCUUAGCAACUAGAGCUGUUCCCAUUAGCGCCGCUUACUACACAGACCCACACCCACAGCCCUGCAGUCAGUCUGAACUGGAAGAAGAAUGAAGAGAUCCUACAGAAAACAAGAGCUGGCAGAUCUCCGAGCCACAGAUUAUACAGAGACCCCAAAAUACACAAGUACCCUGCAAAGUAAGGCGGGGUUUGUGGAAGAGCAAUUAAGGCGGGGCUACCAGCAGGAAGCUGCUGCUCUUGAUGCAGCAAUGGAGAACAUGACGCGCAUGUAUCUGUCAAGACUUCAAGCACUGGAGAAAGAGCUAACCAGUACAAAGUGUGAGCUGGAAGAAGCAGAGAAGCAGCAAUGGGAAGCUCAGAAGACCCAGUCUGAGCUUUUCCAUGAGAACUGGCGACUGUUGAAAACACUUCAGCAGCUACGAAGGACCAUGGAAAAGCAGGAGGAGACAAAAAACAGGAGGAUUAAGAACACCCUAAAAUGACACCCUUAUAAUACCAAUGGGAAAAAAAUACAUUUUUGAGACCUUGUCCCAGAAUAAACGCCUGCACCAGGAGACACUCACAAAGGCACACAUUGAAAAACAGUCCCUAUGUAAUAGUGAAACUAUUCUGCCUCCACAAUGUAUGCUAAAAAAUAUAAAAUAAUGUACAUAAAGUGUUUCAGCUGACAGCUUUACAUUACAGAAAAAGCCUUUAAAAGGCUUAUUUAUUCUUGAUCUUUGUGGAAAUAGCGAUCCAAAGAAUUGUAAUCCAAAGGAAUAAAAACAAAAUUUCAUGAUAGUC